CAUGCGCCGCGCUCCAACCCACGAGAGAACUAUCAGCGCUGCACAACGCCGGAACAGACCCGAUGCCUCGCACUAACCGGGUGCGACAUUGACGAAUCGCGACACCCGGCUGCGUUUACACGGGCACAACCGUUGCCAUCUUACACUAGUGACAAAAACGAGCAUGUGAUAAGACUUAAACCGCAAAUAACAUUUUACGUAGUGCAUUUCCUGUGACAUAAACCACUAUCAUGUACAAGACCGUAAGACACGGUGAGAACAGUCUUCAGUAUACCAUACUGCCGCAAACGGAGGAAGUCCUGAGCAACAGCGGAUUGAAGGGCAAAGGCCGAGAUUACAGCCCCUCCAUCCAUGUACGACGUGCCAAUAGAAAGUUCGCGUUAAAGUUCGUUUUAUUUAUAGUAGUUGGGGUUAUAGUUUCGAUAGGUUUUGCAUCAAUUCCAAUUUAUAGUGUACUGUAUGCACGGAGAAGUCAACAUAAUCAACAUGAACUUAUGACCAGCGCGCCUCUGCCGGCGACCGGACAGGAAAUAAUAAAAUCACGUAAAAGUGAAUUGAAGAAGAUAGUCUCCGAAGAAUCGUCGACGUCAAAAACAAGUCUAGAAACCAGCGUUGCACCUACAACCACAACUACUACCACUACUUUUAUACCAUCGACAGGAAACAGUGAUAAAGCAACUACGCCACCAUGGAAUAUGCCCGCUCUGAGAUCGUGGAAGUUCUCAUCAUCUUCAACAACUAUCCAGCCAAUCCCGACUGAGGACAGUGAAGAAGUUCCUCAAGUCGGAACGUCUAGAAGCGUCCGUUUGCUAGACCAUUACAUGGCAAUAUCAAUGAAACCGUGGGAGAAAGAUACAAUUAUCAGAGCGACAGUAACGCCUGAACCUACAACGAUCCGAAACAUUUUUAGAUACCACUCCCGUGCCUUUAACCCAACAGAGAAACCAAUUACCUCAGUGCCGAAACUAUUUGAGGAUGUCCUGAUAACGACAAAAGCAACUACUACGCAGACUCCAAUGACUACGGAAGUUGUACAAACGAGUGCGAAUUCAAAAUUGCAGGAUUUGAAGGAUGCCAUUUUAUCUGUGGACGAUGAUGACGAGUUUAAGGAAUCUCUGGAGGUAGACGAAGUGUUUUCUCUUCCUCCACUGAAGCCCGAUUCUGCAGCGCCGGGGACGGAUUCAGACGAAGUAACAGUUUCGAAGGCCACGGACGGUAACUGGUACGGCGCUCGGUGGCCGUUCGUCGAUGCGUCCUCAUACUUCCAAUGGACGGGUUACUCUCCCGGAGACAACCUAUUGCUGCCGUUACUGGUGGCAGCGAUGUCGUCAAUCGCGCUGGUCUUCUUGCUGGCGUUAGCAGUCCGGCGCCGCAAGAGAAGCACAACCGCCUCAGCACAAAUUGGGAAGUUAACCGCAGACUUACAAGCGGACGACAACACCAACUUGCUGACAGCAGAAAACCCAGAAGAAACUGAGGAGUGAAGCCACUCGACGCUUUCAUGCUUGCUCCCAGAAUGCCUCAAAAACUUGCAGCGGGUAGGCGACACAGCUGGUUCCUUUCAUAGAGUUGCCUUCGUAUCUUUACGCACACAAUACCCCACGUAAUAGAGACAGUUGCCUACAUGUAACUGACACCUCAACACAUUGACACUCAUGUCUGUGAAGCAAAAGACGUGACGUCACAAGCCAUGAAGCAACUGAAAACUCAUGUUGUAUUCUCAUACAAACAAAAUAAAAGCAUAAUUAAUCAAUGUAUUGAGAUGCCAGAUACUUAAAAAUAAUUUAUAUAUACUACGUUUAGUUAUUGAAACGUUAUGGAAUUGAAAGACAAAAUACAAUAUUGGAAAUUCUAAAAAUUGAAGAUGUGCUUAUGUUUGUAAUUGUAUUUGUAUGUAUAACUACAUAUUAUGUAUGUAUUAUUAAUAUGUAAUAAGUGAGUAUCAAAUUCACCACCCAAUUCAUAUCACUCACUCAGUCAUCCACUCGUAAAUUCACUAACAACUACAAUUUGCGGUAUUACUCGUUAUAUACCGGAUCAUAUAACAGACCUAUUACCUAUAUCGUAGAAUGCUUUGGAUUGCAAUUUGGACGAAAAUAGGGAUAUUCAAAAAUUUGCGAAUAUCUACUACAGCAGCAAAUUUAAAUAUCUUUCGUUAUGGCAGAACUUCGCAAAUUUAUCUGUCUCCAUUUUCGUAAUUCCUCAAAAGCAAGAAGAUUCCUUAUAAUAAGUAAUAAGAGUAAUUUUGUGAAAAGAGUGUCAAAGUUGUUACAAAAUAUUCAAAAUAGAAUGACAGUUAUUAACGCAGGUUAGUCUGUCAUCACGCGAGAAGUUAUUUUUUUGAUUAAUGUGUGUUUCACAUGAUGCAUACCGUUUCGAAGUUGUAGGUACAUCUUCCGUCUAUCUUGCGGUUUCCUUUGCGCCAGUAAAAGGAUCUGCAGCAGCGGAUAUUAAAGCCCAACUGUUGCACGACUGACGUGGCAAUAGUCUUCAAUUCCUUUUCUCAAGAAACAAACUGGAAUUACGAGCACAUUCUUCGAUGUUUGAUUGUUUGGCGUCAAUACCUCUACUGUGACAAUAGAGAUUAUAUUAAUUGACAUGACGUUAGACAAAAUGAAGGCCACACCAUAGGCUUUUUAUAAGGUUACUUUUUAAGUGAACAUUAUAAUGUACUCUAAGGUACUUCAUCUACAAAUUUGGAGUGAGGAGCACGACUUGUUUGGAUUAAUCAGUUUUUUCGUAUAGAAAAACAAGUUAUUCAUCCAUAAGUGCAUCAGUGUGACAUUACAAUGUAAAGGUCUACAAAUUUGGAGUGAGAAGAGGAUUUUUGUUGAGUCACCUCAAAAAACAAUGUAAAGGUCUUUUUCAUCUACAAAUUUGGAGUGAGAAGAGGCUUCUUUUUGAGUGACCUCAACAAAAAUCCUCUACUCCCUCCAAAUUUGGAGGAUUCAUUAGUUUUUUCGUGAAAAAUACCAAGUUAAUCAUCCAUGAGUGCAUCGGUAUGACAUUACAAAGUAAAGGUCUUCUUUACCUACAAAUUUGGAGUGAGUAAAGGAUGAUUGUUGAGUCACCUCAACAAAAAUCCUCUACUCCCUCAAAAUUUGGAGGUUUCAUCAGUUUUUUUCGUGAAAAAUUAACAAGUUAUUCAUCCGUAAGUGCAUCGGUGUGACCUUGCUUAAGUCACUCAAUAAUUUUCAUGUUUUUUCGUGAAGAAAAACAAGUUACUCAUCCAUAAGUGAAUCGGUAUGACAUUACAAAGUAAAGGUCUUCUUUACCUACAAAUUUGGAGUGAGUAAAGGAUGAUUGUUGAGUCACCUCAACAAAAAUCCUCUACUCCCUCAAAAUUUGGAGGUUUCAUCAGUUUUUUUCGUGAAAAAUUAACAAGUUAUUCAUCCGUAAGUGCAUCGGUGUGACCUUGCUUGAGUCACUCAAUAAUUUUCAUGUUUUUUCGUGAAGAAAAACAAGUUACUCAUCCAUAAGUGCAUCGGUAUGACAUUACAAAGUAAAGGUCUUCUUUACCUACAAAUUUGGAGUGAGUAAAGGAUGAUUGUUGAGUCACCUCAACAAAAAUCCUCUACUCCCUCAAAAUUUGGAGGUUUCAUCAGUUUUUUUCGUGAAAAAUUAACAAGUUAUUCAUCCGUAAGUGCAUCGGUGUGACCUUGCUUGAGUCACUCAAUAAUUUUCAUGUUUUUUCGUGAAGAAAAACAAGUUACUCAUCCAUAAGUGCAUCGGUAUGACAUUACAAAGUAAAGGUCUUCUUUACCUACAAAAUUGGAGUGAGUAAAGGAUGAUUGUUGAGUCACCUCAACAAAAAUCCUCUACUCCCUCAAAAUUUGGAGGUUUCAUCAGUUUUUUUCGUGAAAAAUUAACAAGUUAUUCAUCCGUAAGUGCAUCGGUGUAACCUUGCUUGAGUCACUCAAUAAUUUUCAUGUUUUUUCGUGAAGAAAAACAAGUUACUCAUCCAUAAGUGCAUCGGUAUGACAUUACAAAGUAAAGGUCUUCUUUACCUACAAAUUUGGAGUGAGUAAAGGAUGAUUGUUGAGUCACCUCAACAAAAAUCCUCUACUCCCUCAAAAUUUGGAGGUUUCAUCAGUUUUUUUCGUGAAAAAUUAACAAGUUAUUCAUCCGUAAGUGCAUCGGUGUGACCUUGCUUGAGUCACUCAAUAAUUUUCAUGUUUUUUCGUGAAGAAAAACAAGUUACUCAUCCAUAAGUGCAUCGGUAUGACAUUACAAAGUAAAGGUCUUCUUUACCUACAAAAUUGGAGUGAGUAAAGGAUGAUUGUUGAGUCACCUCAACAAAAAUCCUCUACUCCCUCAAAAUUUGGAGGUUUCAUCAGUUUUUUUCGUGAAAAAUUAACAAGUUAUUCAUCCGUAAGUGCAUCGGUGUGACCUUGCUUGAGUCACUCAAUAAUUUUCAUGUUUUUUCGUGAAGAAAAACAAGUUACUCAUCCAUAAGUGCAUCGGUAUGACAUUACAAAGUAAAGGUCUUCUUCACCUACAAAUUUGGAGUGAGAAGAGGGUUCUUGUUGAGUCACCUCAACAAAAAUCCUCUCACUCACUCCAAAUUUGUAUGGAUUCAUCAAAUUUUUAGUGAAGAAUAACAAGUUAUUCAUCUAUAAGUGCAUUGGUGUGACCUUGCUUUAGUCAGUCAAUAAUUUUCGUGUCAAAAUAUUUUUGAAAAUGUUUUCACGUUCAGAUCUUAGAUAGUUGAAGAUAGUCGCUUAUCCUUUGCUAUUAAAAUUUAAGCAGGCACUGUAUUGUUUGCAUGAAAGUAAACACGAGAGGUUUUCUUAAGGAGACUUCAUACUAAGCCGCCGGUUUGAAAUCGUAACAAAAUGAUUUUAAUUUGUAUACUAACAAAAUAAAGAACUCGGUCGUUCGGUUUCCGGUAUUUUGUCUGAAGUCUCCUUUGCUUCACGUUUAAAAACUUUCAGUGCCUAUUUGUAUAUAUCGAAAUAUUCGGCUUUUCACCCGAAAGCCAUUAAAGAUUGCUUAUUCAGAGAUACGAUAUAAUAUUCUGUAGUUAGGUAAGAUUUUGUAAUCACCUAAAUUUUGACUGUAAAUUAGGUAAAGUCCAAUGCCAAAGCUACCAAAAAUAUUUUUGUUACGAGUGUAAUUCUACAACGUAUUUUUAUUGGAAAUCAUUUAUCACAAAGGCUGAAGACAUUUUAGAAUCGACCACACAUACUUAGGGCUCAUUCAGCUUUAGAUGGGAUAGACUAUUGAUUUUACUACUUAUCUAGGUUAAAGCUUAGAUAGAGCAAGGUAAAACAUGAGCAUCAUAAAGCUACCUAGAUCUACAUUCAUCAAAAAGGAAACACUAAGAAUCGCAAUCAACAUAAAUAAUAAUAAUCAUGUUAUCGAUAGUAGAGUAAUAACAUGAUAAUAUUGAUAAUUGUUAAUAUAUUCUGAGCCUUCGUAAUAAUUUGAAGCUAUUUACCUAUUUUGAAGCUAAAGAUUUUUAGAAAUUCAAGCGCGGCCUAUACUUAUACCUAAAAUGUUAUAAAGUAAUCAAGGUUCAAAAACACACAUUCUAGGAUUUUAUUAAAAUCAAAUACAAAAGAAAAUAUUUUUUCUAUUACAUAUAUAAAAAUCGGAAUCAUCUCAUUUUGAAACAAAUUCUUAUACCCUAUACUAUGUUCCACGGUGUAUUACCAUUCGCAGCCAUGUUGGAUUUGUCAUGACGUCACAAAGUCAAUACCCUUCUCGUAUCAGGCGAGGAUAAUUUUCGCCAAACUUCUAGUCGGCUUUGAACUACGUAAGGCGUAAGCUGAGCACUUGAGCAGUGUACAAAAAUAUAUCCCAGCAGGGCUAUUAGGUAUACUUUUGCAGUUUGGCAUGUUGCAACGAGCGGGCUAGAAGUUUACUACUACUUUACUACUAAUACUACUGUACUAGUAGUGGAUUUUAGAAAUUACGAGGCAUCAGAUUUAUAAAACAUAAUUAUCUAGAAACAUAAAUCAAUAGUUGGGUGAAAAUAGUCUACAAACAUAAUUGUGUACCUUUACCUAUAUCAUAUCUCUGAAAAUCCCAAUUGAUAUAACUCGUCAGUAUUAACUAUCCCUGUGGUAUAUUAUCAAUAUAAGAUAUACUUGUUUUUAUGUAUUUAUUUUUUAAUGUACUAUAGUUAAGAUGGAAUUUAAUAUUAAAUCUUGAUGUUUCUCGGAUUCAAUGUCUAUAUUUCUUCAUAAAAUUAUUGGAUUAUGAGACUGUUGGCCAGACUUGCCUCAUUUUAUAAAAGUUGACAGCUCAUGCUCUAUAGGAAAGUACCUACGUUAGGCAACUUCGAACGCUCCGUAGUGGCUUUGGGCUCAAUUGUUCUCAGUCCACAAUUUUUUUUUUUUUUAAUAUUUCGUACAUAAAUAAGAAAUUAUGUACCCAAUCAACAAACGCUUAGGUACCAGAAGAGUGAAGCUAAGUGAUUGAUGAUUGGCGAUAUGAUUUCCCAUAUAUUAAACAAAUAAUUGAACCUUGCUUCACAAUGAGAGGAAUCAGUGGCAUGCACAAGGUUCUUAACAAUGGUAUGUACUAUACGUACAAAUUGUACAGUUAAUUGAAAAUUCCUCCUCCAAUAUAUUCAAUAAUGAAUCCUCCGGGUAUGCAGUUCAUUUAUGCUUCUAUCAAAUGCACGUUAAUGAUAGGUACUUUAUACUUGGACCGUUGAAACGUGCCACUUUUAACCCAUCCAAACUUUCCAAACUCCAUAGUUGCAUGUUCUGUUUUACCAGCAGCACGCAGAAGCUUCACAGUAGCAUGGGCCGACAAACUAAACUUUUUAACCGAAUUUCAAAAAGGAGAAGGUAUUUGGAUGUCUUUGUAUGUUUUACUAAAGCGGAAGGUCUGGCCACACAGGCUCUCAUUCUAUACGUACCUCUUGAUUAUAUCAUUUUUGUAUAGAAAUAAGACUGAUAUAGGAUUGCGUUGUAUUACAGCAAUUUGGGAUGUGAAAAUUUUCAGUGUUGGACAUAUUUUUGUAACGGCACUAUUUAGUUUAGUGUUACCAUUUGUGUGUUAUAAUAUAUAUCAGUGUUAGUAUAUAAAUAUGGUACGGGCGUGUGUAGUACACGAGAGGUAGAUAGCUAGGUAAUUGAAUAUGGAACAGUCUGGAUGAUAGGAAAUAAUAAAUGCGGGAAGUUAGUAAAACUUGGUCAAAUGUAUGUCAAAGAUGUUUCUUGCCAAGUUGGAAUUUAUUCAUUCACAUAUGAUUCACAUCGGUCGAUGCGAGUGCCUGCCGCUUAAGUCCAAAAAAAAAUACCUUACAUUCACGCAUUUUUAGAUGUUAUACAACUUAAAACGGGCUAUAAUCAUUAAUUGAACUAAAUAUUACAAAAAUUGAGACGCUGCACCGUGCGACAUAUCAUAGGUAUCAGUGGCGAAGAGUUCAUGCAAGCCGAUUCCCGUCGAGUUACCUUUAUAAUCCCUGCAUAUUCGUUGUUGUAUCGAGAUCCUAUAUGAGAAACCGGAGUUUGUAUCACGCUAUAUGACUUUUCUUUUCUUUGAGACGGCUUACCUUCAUCUAAAUUCCAUCCUUAGCCACUGAUAGCUAUUUAUAUACAGGGCGUGUGGCCUCUCCCUUUUAGGCUAUCACCAAAUUUGGCUAGGCAGGGAACACAAUACGAGCAGAGGAGGGGAGUGUUGAUCGAUUGUCAAGGAAUUUCUUAACCCCACAUCCAGUAGUCACAAGUCCGGGAUUCUGCUCGGAGUUUUUCUCUCUACCACAAGAUGGGCCCGGCACUUGCACGGUAUUCGUCUCUCUGCUCCAUAAUCUCCUCUAUCUUCCAGUGAAAGUUCCGUUAGAAUCGAUUCAGCCAUUCCAAAGAUUAGCCUGGACAAACAGGAAGACAGACAGAUAAACAAAAUAAAAAAGCUUGUUUGUGAUAAGCACUUGAGAAAACACCGUUAUCUUGAAAUCACCGACAGACACUUCAACUUUAUUUAAAUGUGUGUAUUUUUUUAUUCUUUCCCAAAUAGUCCUUGAACACAAUCUCACCUGAUAGUAAGUGAUGUUGCAAUCUAAGAUGGAACAAGGUAACUUGUUAGGAGUAGGAUGAAAAAUCCACACCCUUUUCGGUUUCUACGACAUCGUACCGAAAUGUUAAAUCUCUUGGCGGUACAUCUUUUUCGGUAGGAUGGUAACUAGCCACGGCCCAAGCCUCCCAUCACCCAACUGAUGAUCGUAUAACAUUUGACCCAGUUUUACUUGUAUGUAACACAGUCCCUAUAGGUAUAUAGCAGGUUUGCAAUGGUGUUGAUUGAAAAUUUAUGUCUAUAAAGAGCCUGACGCGCAUUUAUAUAAUGUAAAACCAUAAAGUCAUUUAUAUCACGCUAGCAAUAUUUUAUAUCAUAACAAAUGUAUAUCGCACAUAAUAUAUUUAUAGACGUUAAGUUUAUAUUAGCUUUUGUGUAAUAGUUUUGUCUUGAGGCAGUGUGAUUAUUUUAUAUGCUGGAACACCCAUCAUGUACAUAAUAAAAUAAAUUGUUUUCCCACCGAG